AUGUGCACCAGCAGCCAGAUCAUCGGGAGCCUCCUGGUGCUCUCCGUGCUGGAGAUAGGGUUAGGGGUGUCCAGCGUGGCCGUGGGGGCGGUCAGUUUCAGCCUGGUCCUCACAGAGCAUAAACCUCAGCUGGGAGACUCUUCUCCGUUUCUGCUUUGUGGCAUAUGUGGAAUAUUGUGUGCCAAAAAAAAAUCUGGACUUGUUAUGAUACUUUUUUCUGCCUGUUGCAUCUGUGGACUAAUCGGAGGAAUCUUAAAUUUUCAAUUUCUUCGUGCUCUGACAAAGAAGUCAUCUGCUCUCUAUUCUUUGCAUCUUGCCUCCAUGUCUCUUGCAUGCAUUGGAAUUGGUGGUUGCACCCUUUCUUCAUGGCUCACUUGUCGGCUAGCCAGCUAUGAACAAAGGCGAAUGUUCUCAGAAAGAGAACAUUCAUUGCAUCACUCCCAUGAAAUGGCAGAAAAAGAAAUGACAGACAACCUAAGCAAUGGUGGCCCACAUCUGAUUUAUAAUGGAAGUGUAUAUUAA